AUGAUCAAUAGGUAUGUUAUACAUUCUCUUAGAUGUCUUAGUUCUGGGCCUAAGAUAGCUGUUAUUGGAUCAGGGCCUGCGGGUACGUUAAUUUUCUGUUAUUAUUGUGCUUUUAGGCUUAUACACUUGUUCUGCGUUGCUGAAUCGGGUACCGGAAUGUACGCUACACGUUAUCGACAAAAGUACUGUGCCAUACGGGUUGGUGUUGGCUGGAGUGGCACCAGACCAUGCUGAUGUUAAGAAAUGUGCCAAUCAGUUCGAAAAGAUGUUUAACAGUCACUCGGACAGGUUAACGUUGUUCUGCAAUGUUAAUGUGGGCCACGAUGUGUCGUAUAGGGAGCUGAUUAACAACUACGAUGCUGUGGUAUUGGCAUAUGGAGCUAGUAGAGCCAGGGAAUUGGGAUUGGAUCACUCUCAGCCUGAGAAUAAUGUUUAUUCCGGGUUUAGUUUUGUAUCUUGGUAAGGGUGUGUCUACAAAUCAAUCAAUAUGAGUCAUUGUUUGAUUAACAUUUUGCCUUAAAAAACUAAUUGUUGCAUUAUAAUAAUGUCUAAAAAGUGCAUUUUGUUAUUUUAGGUAUAACGGACAGAGGCCUGAUCUGAAGCCGAAGCUUGAUGGAGAAGAUGCCAUAGUGGUUGGAAAUGGAAACGUUUCAAUAGAUUGUGCGAGGAUAUUGCUGUCUGAUAUUGAAAGGUUUAGGCAUACUGACAUAGCUGAGUACGCGUUUAAUAGUUUAGAACAGAGUAAAAUACGCAAUGUCAACAUAAUUGGAAGAAGAGGGCCACUAAACGUAAGUUACAUUACAUUUUCUUUUUGAGGAGAGACAUUUUUUUUUGAGUUUACGUAAACGAUUUAUUUGUUUUCUUGCAUGGUAUUUAUAGGUUUACUUAUUAUUUUUAGGUAUCUUUUACGAUAAAAGAACUUCGAGAACUGCUGACAUUGAAGAAUGUGUCGUCUUUUUGUGAAAUCUCAGAAUCUAUAGAAUUCGAAAUGAGGAAAGAAUUGUCUCACCCAGAAACGUCGAGAAGGAACAGGAGACUAUGGGAAUUGAUGUUGAAACACAAAGACGUCAGUGAUACGAAUGGCAAGAACAGUAUUAUCAAGUUUUAUCAGCGGCCGACGAGGAUUCUGCUUGAUGGAGAAGGAAAAAUCGAGCGGUUAGAGUUGGAGAAUCCUCUGACAGGUAACAAGCUGAUUGUGCCAUGUUCUUUGCUGAUUUACGCUAUCGGUUUUCAAAGUAUGCAUCUGGACGGAGUACCGGUCGAUGAGAAUAACAAUGUCAUGUUGAAGGACUUUUGUCGAGUGAACGAAGACGGAGCUCUUGUAUAUGCUACUGGAUGGUGUGCUAAGGUCAGUCUUAUACUUAAACUUUUGUACUUUAAAAUUUUAAUUUAUGUUAUUUUACUGCUUAUUUUAUUAUAUAAAAAAAACUAUUUAUUCCCGUUUUCAACGCAAGAUAUAUAAGACGUGAGGGGGGGGGGAUGAUGAGGGUGUGGUGAAGACCGUCAGAGCAAUCCGUUGUAGCUGUUCCUAAUUGGGCCUCAUCCAGGUGAUCCUGUUUCUCUAGCUACCGAGUCGUGAUGAGGUGCUCCUCAAGACUUCAGGCCGUAGUCGGAAGCCUGUGUAGGCCAAGCAACCGAUUUGCCAUAGGCCCUGUGCACUUAGCACUACCCAUUCAUUUGUAAAUCACAAAUGCGCCUGGGUUGGGCGGAGCGGUCGGUCGAACCUGAGUCCGGUGGUGUAUUAGUCGGCGCCACAACCGACUGAGCCACAACCGCUCUAUUUUAUUAUAGUACUAUGAAAUACGAAUGUCGUACUGAAUCUAUAAUAUCAGUUUUUAUUGUAGGCAGGAGGUGGAGUAAUAGCAGAUACUCAAAGAAACGCUCUUUUGGUAGCAGAAGAGUUGGCUGCAGAUGUCGCUACCAUUGAUAAGAAGAACACAAAAUCUGUUGAUGAUAUUCUGAAGAAGAAGCAUGUACGGUACAUAUCGUGGCAGGACUGGAAGCUGAUAGACAAGGCAGAACGAGAGAUGGGAGAGAAGAAAGGGAAGUCGCGGUAUAAAAUACAUGACGUUAUAGGGUUUCUGGAUUCUCAGAAGCGCUGAGUUUGUUGUUGUUGAUUAGGAUUGUUGAAUAAAUAUAUAUAUGAUUCUACAGUAUGCUCUGUGUUUAUAUGUGGUGGUUGUCUAACCUUUCUUGCUACUUUUUGUUUUUUUGCAUUGUUUUUAUUAUUAUUUACUGUAAUUUACUAACAUUGUGAACGUUUAUUACUGUAGGUUUUUGUUUCUACGAGUACUAUUUUUUUCCCAUUGCUUUACAGUACAAUUAUGAGACGAAUUGCACGAACACUUAACACGCCUUAUGACUACCUCUUGUGUACAUACAGUAGCAUUGAGCAUACGUCUACACCACUGCUUAGAACGCAUCCAGACCCUGAAUCUAAAAUUAAAAUGCCUUUCACUAAUCCAGCUCGGUUCAUAAGGAUACGAUAUGGGUUACAACAUCUCAUAGAAAAGGAGGAUCUGGUCAUUGAUGAUGUUAUAGUAAGAUUUGUGUUUUUUAGUAUCCUAUUUAACAGAUGUUUACAGAAAUAUUAUUGUUCAUAACAUAAAGGAUGAUUUAGAAGUUAAUGAAGUCUUAUAUGACAUUGGAGAACUGUGAGUUCGAUGCUUUGAGAGAUGUUGUGGAUAACAACAAGUCGUUGCUAGAUGUUAUCAAGAGCAUUGCUCAACUUGCUUACGGUGUUACACAUUCUUUUAUUGUAAGUCUAUGCUAAUUUUAGCUAUACAAGAUACUUUAACUUUGAAAUUCUUUGUUUACUAGAUUAACCAUAAACUAAAAAUGACAUACGGUUUAGUGUAAAGAAAUCUCGUAAAACAAUAUUAUUAUAGAAAAUUCCAAUUCUACGCAAAAGAUCGAACGAAUCAGUUACCCUCACUCAACGACAGGUCUCAAUACUACUUGCUCAUGCUUUCUUUUUGACAUACGAAGAGGAACGGGAUCGGUAUGGCAGGUCUAAUUGUAUCAACUUUACACGGUAAUUUGAUUUAUUGUCGCUUUAUGAUAACAACUUAUGUUCAUGAUGUCGUGUCUUGUCAAUGUGUAUCCUAACUUGUUUUAGGUGGUAUUCGAAACGGACCAGGAACGCGGUCGAAAAGCUGAAUUGUAUAUUUGCAUACUUCAAAUACGUAACUUCUCAUGGUAUGUUUUAUUGUAAAUUUUACACGCUUUUUAAUUGUAAAUUAAAAAUUAUAAUAGUUUUUUUGUGGUAUCUUUUUAAUUUUGAUUUAAAAAUUACAGAACCAAGUGGUACAAUAUCAAUUCUUAGACAAUCGUUUCCAUCUUCAUUUAAUUUUGCAUUUUGUGACAACGACUUGAGUGAUAUGGAAGUAGAUUCGGUAACAAAAAUUGAGGACAACCUCGAUGCUGAUCAUGCUGUGUUUGCCAACGCCAGAAUAGGGGGUGGUGUGCUGAGGAGUGGAUGUGUGCAGGUAACUUGCUUUGAUACGUUUUUAUUAUCAUUAUAUAUAUAGGGUUUGUUUGGUUUUUGAAUUGUACGAUGUCUUUGAUAUUCUUUAGUAAAUUAUAAUACAUUUAAUUACUUGAUACGUUAAGGAAGAAAUCAGAUACCUGAUAGCACCUGAAUGUCUAAUAUCGUGUAUGCUGUGCGAUAGAAUGGACGACGAUGAAGCUGUGCUAAUUGUGGGCGCAGAGGACUAUUCAUCGUACACUGGCUACGGUGACACCUUCAAAUGGGUGGGGAUUGACAAGUCUGACACUGUUAAACGGUAAUAUAUGAAGCGAAAAAAUAUCAAAGUUUAGUUUGUGAGCUAUUUUAUGCUUGAAUUUUUAGGUAUAGGACGUUCUUAAGCUUAAAAAUAUAAUGCGUUUGGUUUUAGUGACAGUUUUGGUCAUGCUCCUUCAACUCUGGUAGUCAUCGACGCCAAAAACUACAGUAAGAGAGACAAUCAGUUUUCACCUGACUUUGUCGAAAGAGAAUUGAAAAAAGUGAGAAUUUUCAGUUUUCCACAUUUUUAAUAAUAAUAAACGUGUAAUUUCAACUUUAUUACCUAAAACAUUUUUAUAACAAGCCUUUACCUAAAUAUUAUAAUAGUAAUUUAUGACAUUGUGUCUUAUCUUAAACUCUACCUUUAGGCUUAUGUUGGAUUCGUUGUGAAAGUGAACAACCGGGAGACGAUUGCCACUGGCAAUUGGGGCUGCGGCGCGUUUAAUGGGAAUGUUUACCUUAAAUGUAAGUAGUAAUGUAAUUUACUACGACCAAAUUCAGUUAUCAUUCAGCUAAUCGCCGCGUCAGCUGCAUCUCGCCGACUGUCGUAUCAUACGUUUGGCAAUGAAGAGCUGAGUCAACGGAUUCAACAAUUUCACGGUAAAUUAAAGGAACAUCACGUUAUUGUUUGUAAGUUUUACUAUUUGUUUGGUUAUUGUUUGUAAUGUUUAAUUAGGAUGAGCUUAAAAACAGAAUUUUAAAAAAUUUUGAAGUAUUUUUCAUAACUAAAUAUGCUAUGACUGCACGGUGCGAAAGUCGAAAUAUGAAAGUUGUUGAUGUUUUCUAGUACAAUGACAAUACGAAAAAAACAAUAUUUCUAGCUUCCUUGUACGACGCCUUGUUACAAGCAGACGACAGUAUUCAUCAAGACCCAUUUACAUAUCUUACUAACAAGCUCUGUACCUAA